AUAUUCACUAUCUUUAAAUCUCUUUCAUUUGUUUGUUUUUUCUUCCGUGUUCUUUAAUUAUUUAAUGGAGGUGUAGCUAUUAUUCUUUUUUUAAGAAUCUUUACAAUAAGAUCCCAAAAUGUUGAAUAAUAUUCGUGGCAUAUUAAAUAGACGAGGUGAUCAGUCAAGAACUGAAUCACUAUCAUCUAGACCUUCUGAAGAAAAUGUUCAAACUGAGGGGUUUGUCUGCCCUACUUGUUUCCUAGCUUUCCCAACAGCCGAAACACUUCAAAAUCAUUAUGAGAGUUCACACUCUGAAACCUUUAAUGAAACUGCUGGUGAUAGACCCUUCAACUGUCCUGCGUGUAAAAUGAAACUAGGUAGUGAAGUUGAAUUGCAAUCACAUUUUACAAGACAUCAUACUGAUAAAAAGGAGGAUAUUGAGUUUGAAGCCAUGUCUCUACAAGUUAAAGCUCUUGAGGAAGGAAAGACUCUUUUGCAAACUGAAUUACAAGCUGUCAGAGAAGAGUUGUUGAAGGAAAAUAUGAAAAUCAGAGAAGAAAGAGAUAGUUUUAAGUUAAAGGCUAAUAAAUUGACCGAUGAUUUGGCGUCAUUAAAACUUCAGUUUGAUGAUAUAAAAGCAAAUAAAAUUUCAUUGGAAAAUGCAUUAAGAUUAUCAAAAGAAAAAAUUAAAGAUCUGGAAAUUGAAGUACACCAAAGACCUGCUGCAGAUGAUGUAGCUGUAUUGAAACAAGAAAUAGUCACUGUACAAAAAUUGAUGAAUGAAAUGACUCGCCAAAGAGUGAAUCUCAGAAAGAAGAUUUGCAGAAAAAGUGUAAUGAUUUGCAAGAUAAUUAUUUAAAAUUGCAAGCUGAAAAGUUGGAAUUGGAAAAUUUUAUCAAAAAUUGUCC